AUUGGAAAUGUAAACACGGGAUUCUGCAGACACAUGAAACUUUCACUUAAGUUAUAGACACUCGUUGACUGGAUCAAGUUUAACUACAAGCAGUUGAGUGGAGAUCAAAAAAUAUGGCUGGAUCCGGAAAUGACCAAGUGCAGAUUAUCAGAGGAUUGCCUUUCCCAAAAGGUUUAUUCAAGAAGGAGAACAUCGAAGCGGCAUUGGACCAUGUCCCUUGGGAUACUGACAUCAUUAUGGGUUCUUAUCCCAAAACAGGCUCAACUUGGCUACAGUACAUUGUUCUGCAAAUAUUAUCAAAAGGAGAAUUGUUCCCCUCUUUCAACGAAGUGGAAGACAAAUAUGCACCUUUUAUCGAAAUGGUUGGUGUGCAAGCCUUGGACGGCAUGAAGGAGCCCCGAGUUUACAAACAUCACAUUCCGUACAAUAUGGUUCAAAAGAAUGAAAAAUCUAAAGUUUUGUACACGUAUCGACACCCUGAGGAUGCCUUCGUCUCUUUUUACCAUUUCUCACAAAAUUUUGCUUUCGUACCGGUGCCUUUUGAUGACUUCUUCGAGAACUACAUCAUAGGGAACAUAGGAUAUGGACGAUGUUUCGAACAUGUUCUGUCUUUUUACGAACACAGACUCGAUGGCAAUUUGCUGAUGAUAUCGUAUGAACAGCUGAAGGCUAAUCCAAAGGAUGGUAUUUUGAGAAUUGCGAAAUUUCUGGGCGAGGAGCAUUACGAGUGUUUGUCUGAAAACGAGGAGGUUAUGGCAAAGGUUUUAGAGCAUACGAGUUUCGAAUACAUGAAAAAGAACUUGGAGCUAUUCCUGUCAUUACCUGCAGGAGAAGAAACCAAGACGAAAAAAAUUGAAUUUUUCCGAAAAGGGACGGUUGGUGACGGGAAAAAAGUACUGUCUGCAGAACAACGAGAAAGAAUAAAAGCAGAAGCAAAGAAAGUUUUGGCAGGAACCGAGAUACUGAAAGAAUGGUAUGAUGAGUGAUCAAAAACAUGAUUUGAUCUUUUCCCAAAACAAGGACACUUUGCAUCUGUAUUAAGCUGAAACUGACAAUAUUUUAUUUUCUUAAAAAGGACUCAUUUUUUAAUUUGAAUAAAAAUCACUUUGCAAAUA